CAUGUUGAAAACAAGGCGAUGUGGGUAAAACAGGGGGGAUGUGGGCAAUGGAGUGAGGAGAGAUGUCCGGCUAACAUCUGUCCGACAGUGACACAAAGCACCACAGCUGGAAUAUACAGGCGGGUGAAAGAAUCUCUGAUUGGAGGAGAGGAGUGGACCCGGCCGCACGCAGGCGGGUGCAGCGCAGAAGAGACGCACACCGCCGCGGGUCUGACUCAGACACCCGCCGUCAUGUUGCGGCCGGACGCGGGGGCCCCGGAUGCUGCGGCCCUGAGGCAGCAGAGGAGGCUGAAACAGGCGAUCCAGUUCCUCCACAAGGACUCAGCUGACCUGCUGCCUCUGGACGGACUGAAGAAGCUCGGGACGGCGACACAAGGGCAGCCACACCAUAUCCUGCAGAAGCGCCUGCUGCAGGCCAAGCUGUCCCAGGAAAGGAUGAAGAUGUGCGGGGUAGCAAACAACGGAGGGGUCCUACUGAGAUGUAGUCAUUUAAAUUCACAUUGCGACGAGGAAGAAGACAAGGAUGAUUUAAUUUAUGUGCAAUGUAAGUGCUUCGGACAGGAGGUGAAUGUGCUGAUCGACACGGGCUGCAAACUGAACCUGAUGUCCUCGCUGACUGUGGAGAGAUUAGGUUUGAAAGGGCUGGUCGAGGAGAACAAGGUGGAGACGGACGGGUUCCCAUUUCAGAGCAAGCUCUACGUCGAAGGUCACGUCAAGGAGCUCGGUCUGACCAUCGGGCAACUCAGGAUAAUGUGCUCGUUUGCCAUUCUGGAAAGUGACAGGCCACUGAUGUCGCUGGGAAACCAGACACUCAAGUUACUGAAGUGUGUAAUUGACACCGAAAAGCAGAUGUUGGUGUUUGGGACAGCUGUGAGGGAACAAGUUCAAUUUGCUAAAAAGCCAUUCAGCGAAAGCUCCUCGGACUUCACAGACCUGGGAUACUGAUGUUCCCACCACCAACACACAAAGAGACCUAAAGCAAUACAAAUACUCUGUACCCUUGAAACUAGAUGCCUCAACAGGGAACUUCUGAUUUCUUCACCUCUCAAUAUCUCACGUCCAACUCUUUGCUGCGUUCAUGGGUCUGGAGAUGUCACUUGUUUUAGCACAGAGGCAUCGGUCAAUACAGGAAGGUUGCUCACUGUCUAUGAAUAGAAUCCUCAUAGCCUACAGAACUACAGUAGAAGUGUCGUCAUGCCGUAAACCUUCAGAUUCUGAUAGGAUUGUGAUUUAAUGCUCUUGUAUCCUACACUACUAGAACUAAAGUUGGAGGUUGUUGCUGAUAAACUCAGCACAAACCACUGCACACGGACCAACUGUUUAUCUAAUGUAUUUUAUAAUGUCGUAAGUGUGUUUUCUAGUCUGACGCGUGUAUUUGCAAUGAGGUCGCAGCCUGACAGUGACUCUUGUGACAUGUUUUAUCAUGUGACUGUAGCAAAGUGUAGCACUGAAGAUGAAAUUAAAUCCCGAAGGAUGUGAUGUGAAAGUC